GGGAAUGAGAGAGAGAGGCUCCCGCAGCUCGCCGACAAUGACAGUCCUGCCGCAACACCAAAACGCGCUACACAAACGUCAGCCAGAGCCUUGCCAUGCGAUGUCGCUGCAGAGCCCCAGACUUCGACACUACAGAGCCAGCAUGACGGCGAUUUGUUUCGUCUGCAACCUGCCGAUCCUCAGCCACCAGGUUGGUCUGGUAUGGCAAGGUGGCAAUGGCUGGGACGACAUCGUACGCGAACAAGUCGAGGAGUCGACCCUCAAGCAACGGCUGGGCACAGGUCGGAGGGACUCGGCCGCGCAGAUCUCGCCGCCGAACGAGCUGCAGGAGCAGUCGCCGAUAACGCAAGGUCGUCGGCGUCGCUCAUCGCUCGCCCAGCUGACGGACAUCCUUCGCGAGUGGGGUGGCGGCGGCAGCAGCAGCAGCAGCAGCACGACAAAGCAGGGCGGCAGCACGCGCAGCAACAAGUUAAGCCGUCGCGAGACUCUCGCCGACAUCGCCAAGUCAUUGCCGUGGUCGCGCCAGACGACCACCGAGGGACACGUGAAUCCUCGCAAGAGACGUGAAAGCUCGGUCGACAGCGGCAUCAGGAGCUCGGUGUCCAACAAGUCCAGACGGGAUUCGGCUAUCAGCGACUUCAAGAGCGACUUGGCCAGGUUCUGGAGCAAGAAGGAUUCGCAGCCGCAGGCGCAGGCACCACCGACAGUCAUCUCGCCUACACCUCGACGCGGCUCAGGAGAAUCAAAGACCUCGCGACGAGGCUCAGGCGAGAGCGCGAGGUCCGCGAGGCGGGACUCGGUAAUCGGCCCGGGUGGCGAGCGGGUGCAUAACUGCCGACAUCACAGGCGUCGUAAGUCGCAACAGUCGGUCGACUUAAACCAGAGUAGCUGCGGGGCUGUCGCAGCUAAGUACUACAGAAAUGAUCAGCGACCCAGUGCCUCUAGUACCGACAGCGCCACUAGCAAUGCCGUUAGAGAACAUUUGGAAGCUCAGAGAAGCAAGGAAGAAAGAUCAAGCAGUUUCGAUUCAAAAACAGGUCCCACGACGGCAUCAACAACGACAACGGCGGGCACAACGGUAUCGACGUCGACGUCAAUAAGCCCAGCUACGAGAUCCACGAUGGGUUCAACGUCGAUACCGGCAACAACAGCAGCCAGAUCGGCGAUGGUGUCGACGGCAGUGAGUACAACGUGCACGAGUCGAGACACUAAACACUUGACUCUUGAGCCAACGGUUCACCCGCCGAUUGUCGUAUCGUCGGUCACACCGCCGAGCGUUUCUCCCGUGGCCACGGUCAACAAUCUGCCUCUACCUGGAACCUCACCGUCGGGUGGCUCGAGUCCUGUUGGCUCACCAAAUAUCAGUGGCACACCCUCGCACCCUUUGCUCACUACGCGCAGAGACUCGACUACUCAGUGUUAUUACAAAACUAGAGAAGCAUCGCCGAAUAAACUAAGAUUGACAAGACAAGCGACAGCAAUAGACGAAUCACUACCACCACCAGGCCGAAGGGGCAGUCAACCUACUUUGUCGCCGGAUCCCGACGAUGGAGGUCGUAAGGCAAGGAGAGAUUCUUUGAGCCCUGAUUCUGCAUCGUACCCGCGACGUCGUGAAUCUAGGAGUCACUUGAGUCCUGACAGGAGAGGAGACUCUGAGAGGAGAGACGUAAGCCCUUUGAGGUCAAGGAAAGGCAGACUGAGAAGACAAUCGACGUCAAUUGCCGGACGACCGCCGAGAUCUCCUGAUAGCUCGUCAUGCUCGUCGCGAGAUCCCAGCCCAUGUGGUCGGCCGCCCAGUACAACUCAACACGCACCUGUGAUACGAAGACAAUCAACGACAGAGGAGAUUUUGAUAGCACGGGGCUUUCGUCGGCAAAGUACCACCGAGGAGAUGAUUCGUUGUCGAAACUUUCGUAGGCAAAGCUCUCAAAGCGACGAUCAGGUACUAAGGGUACAAAGAUAUCGCGGUCGUCGAGACAGUUCGGCGCAGAUAACAGAUGGUACAUUUGCAUCUAUGACAGUCGAGACAUCCAGUACAUUUUUCGACACUAGCACGCAGACCGAUCCAUCGCCGCUUUACGACAACAACCACUACCACGAGGAGUGCCUAAAAUGUAACAGCUGCGGCCUCAACCUCACGGGACCCAAUCAAAAGCGGGCACGCAGGUUCAAAAAUCAAAUACUUUGCGACCUGCACUUUGCCGACGUGGCGCUGAUGGAGUGUUCGGACUUUAUGCAACAGUUGCGCAGCUUUAAGCCACAAAGUUUAGGCUGCGCAGUUGCCCGAAGAAAGUCGUCGACCACUUUGAUAUUCCCGCUUCCACCGCAGGCUUGCACAGAUGAAUUUUGCACAGAGUACCCGCACAAUCUAAUAGCAACGCCGGGCUACUGGAUCGAGUGUUCGCGCCAACAGAUGAACACCGACACGAUUUACGAUGAGAGCGAGAGCGACCGCGACGGCACGGACGGCGAGCCACAGGAACGCGAUCAGGACGAGCAGUCGUCGUCGAUCAGGCUCACUAGUAACCGUAACGACUGUCUGGUCGAGGAAAAUGAGGUGGAUAGCGACGAGGCGCCGAGAAAGAAGUCUGCCAUCGAGGAGCAGUGGGAGAAGCAUCAAGCUUUCGAGCUCACGUCCGUCGAGCAAGAGACCUACGAAAAGUACUUCUACGGCACCGAGCAUUGGAAUUACUUCACGAACGACGAGGAUCUCGGCCCGGUCAUUCUCAGCAUCAAGCAGGAGUCGCUGAACGGAAGGGAUCAGUUUCGCAUACUCGUCCGAGCCAUCAGCUACACGGUGCACGGACUCAUACCAGCCAGUUGUGUGUUCGCCGAUAGGUACAACCGUGAGGAAGUUGUGAGAAGUUUAGGCAAGGAGGUGAACAUAAAUCCACCUCUGACGCUGGGCCAGCUGCCGGACACGCCGGAGGAGCUGCUGAAACUUGACCAAGUGUUCAUCAAGUCGGAGCUGAAGGUCGGCGUGAUUUACGUACAGGAGGGACAGUACUCGGAGGAGGCGAUCCUCGACAACAAUGAAAACUCGGUAGCCUUUCAAGAAUUCCUCUCGGUCAUGGGCGACACCGUGCGCCUCAAGAACUUCGACAAGUAUAAAGGCGGCCUCGACACCGUGCACGACCUCACCGGCCUCUACUCCGUCUACACCAACUGGCGCGGCAUCGAAAUUAUGUUUCACGUGUCAACCCUACUGCCAUACGAAAAGCACGACGCUCAGAAGGUAAUCUUUGUCCGCUUUCUCUGUUUGUUCGUAAAACUGCGCGCGAUGGUGCGCGAGAAAGAAAAAAAACAAAAAAAAUUGGCAGGGCGCAAUGAAACGAACGAGGUUACUCUCUCUCUCUCUCCCUCUCUCUCUCUUUCACAGCUGCAACGGAAGAGGCACAUAGGCAACGACAUCGUCUGUGUGGUGUUUCUUGAGGCUGACAACACGUCCUUCAGCCCGGCCUGCAUAAAAUCGCACUUUCUGCACACGUUUAUCGUGGUGCGCGUGAGCCCGCGAAUUAAGAGGAAAAUCACGCGUUACGAGGUCUCGGUCGUCACGAAGGACGAGGUCGGCGCCUACAAACCCUAUCUCUGGGAACAAAGUGUUUUUGAGAAAGGUCCGAUGUUUCGCGAGUGGAUAAUUACGAAAAUUGUGAACGGCGAGCGAGCGAGUUACUCCGCGCCAAAGUUCGCUCGAAUGCAGGAGAGGACCAGGAGCCAAAUGUUGGAAGACAUCGUAGCUAAUUUACAGAAUCACGCUGAGACUGGACAAAUACCUAAACCUUAUCGGCGAGGCUCUUGGAGGCCAAUCGGUCACAUGAGGCCGUCCUCGCCUCUACUGGACUCGGUGAGAGACCAGUUCGAAGACUACGACCAGCUCGCCAAGGACUUUACCCGCGUAUUUUUGAAUAGUCCUGAAAAUUUAGCCCUCAACGCGAACCUCUUCGACGUAUCGUUCUUGGUACCUGGUCAACAAAAACAAAAAGUUCGAUUUAUUGGCGUGCGUGCCAUAUUAGGCGUUAGAAGCCGGGUGUUUCAAGAGAUGCUUUACGGAAUUCAAGCCGGAUUCGGAAGUCCGCAGGUGCCAGUGGCGGAACUGCUGUCGAGGCCGGCGCCCACGCUGCUCAGCCCGCAAAAACCCAAGAGCUCCAAUUUUCUGCAGGUGCCGGACGUCGAGAGUCCUAGGCCUAAAAGCGUGCCCUCGUCGCCGAUGGUUAAGCGAGCUUUCUCGCGCCUCGGCACCAUCACCGCCAGCUGGGGUCGCAGCAUGCGCAAGCACAGCAGCAAUACAUUGUCCAGCGACGAUCGCAAGCGCUGGGCGAGCUCCCAAGACUGCAGCAAUAAGGAGAUGAAGGACCGGGACAAGUUAGCGGUGCCGAGACUCAGCGUGUGCGCCGACGCGCAAAAGGUCGACCGCACCAAAUUAGCUCAGACCGAGUUCGAUAUAAUAGAAUUCGACCCGGACACGUUCCGCAUCCUUCUGGACUACCUGCACACGGGCUCGUGUCCGCUGACCUGCAGCAACAUCCCCGGGCUGAUCUGCGCGGCCGAGCACUACGACCUCCCGGAAUUGCUGCAGGCGUGCUUCCAUCACGCCAAGCAGUUCCUGCGCAUCGAGAUCGUGGGCGUGAUGCUGUGCGCCCUGGAGAACUACUACUGGCGUUACACCUCGGCCUCGGAGCUCGUCAACAUGAUUCUCGCCUUCGUGGAGACCCGAGCUUUUCAACUCUUUCAAAGCCCGGACUUCCUCACGCUCAGCGAGUCCAUGGUACAGAUGAUCAUGGGUCGUAGUCUCGAGGUCGUGGAGAUCAAGAAGUUCGAAGCGAUGAUUAACUGGGCCACCAACAGGACCAAGACCAUGACAUCCGCGGUCGACGCCAACGCUGAGUUCAAGAACAUCAUGGACAGGCUCAGCAGGGAUCUCAAGCUCUAUAGGAUCACGCCGCAGGAGCUCAUCAAGGUUCGAUCGGACAAUUGUGCUACCCUCCAAAUCGAUCAAAAAUGAAAAAAUUCUGGAAACUCUGAUGUUCCAAGCCAACUCGGGCAUUUACAGGAACGUUGAUAACUAUCUUGAGGCCUACCACAACAGAGUAAAACAUCAAGAGAGCUUCGAUGGCCGUUUGUAAGCGUAGAUUCUACUACGAAGUAUCUCCAUUGGCUUGGCACGAGAACGACAUAACAAAUACCACAUCCUAUAACUGUGUCGCUCGCAGAAACUCAAUAAAUUAUUCGAAAGCUUGUCAAAAAUAUUUUCUGCUAGGCUAACUAAACAAUAUGUAUGAAUUUCCGAAGCUAGUAUAAAACUUGGAAGUCGCCGACAAGUCUGAAUAUAAAUAGAACAUGCAUAAACAAAUAUAAAUUAAGAGAACAUAUAUAUAUUUAGACGCAGAAAGAAAUGCACAAUCCAAUAGGCGUCAGGUUAAAAUGUGCGACUCGCGACUACAGACUAGGACAAGCGCUCUUUUUAGUACUCCAUAGUAGUACUUUAGUCAGGCGCUUGGCUUAACUUGUAGUGUAACUUAUUAAAUUUUUAGAUUUAAGGUCAGCAGCAAAAAGUUAAGUAUAGAUGUAUGUAUUUGGAAUUUGAUCUGCUAUGAAGUACUGGUGUGCUCAUAGCUUUUUCUAACAGUGACGCGUUGUUUUUCUCAAAAUUGAAUGAUUUCACCAUCCAAUUUUAGUAAGUGACUCGUAGUUAGGAUCGGUUUUGUGAAUAAAUAUUCCGUUGUAAUCAAGCGAACGCCAGUACUCGAUAAAUACGACCGAACAUGACAAUCUGUGCGAUAAACAAAAGAAAAAGCUCACAAUAAAGCAAAGUACGAUAUUGCGAGAGACAAAGGCAUUAAUACAUGAAUAGCUUAUAAAUAUAUUGAAUAUAAUACUAGUCAUAAAAUAUUGGUAAUAAUGGUAUUAUUAUGCUAAUUAGAAUUGAAAGAAUCCAUGUUGAAUGUUGAAUGAAGGAGAAAAAAAACAAAAUUUGAAGUCUGUUCUGUUUUUUUAUCGUAGAUUUUAUAUCUUCAAUACUCUAAGUCGCAGAUUCUAAAUGAAAUGAACAAAAAAUGCUACAAGUAAUUGUGUAAUAGUUUGAGUGGAAAUAAGCGAUGCUGAAUAAUGUCGGCUGAUUGAGAUUCAGAUGUAUUCAGAACAUUAAUAUCACAACGUGUGAUCUCCCUAAAAGUUACGAUGGAGUGUUGUCGUUAAAACUUCGGCGCGUUGGAUCCACGAUAUUAAACGUAUUGUCGAGUGGUUAAAUAUUAAUCCACUCGCGUGAUGUAUUUUGACAAAUAAACAUAUCGGGAAACUCGGCGAAUAGAACGUUUGUACAAAUUUACUUUUUGUGUUGCAAUCAAAUUCAACCUGUAUCGCUCCCUGUAAUGCCUUGGAUAAAUAAAUUGAGUUCAAGUAUGAUAUAAAACUAUAAACACAUAUGUCUCGAAGUACAAUGAAAGUAUAAGUGUAGAGGCGUGACUUCACUCGACGAAUGAUAAAUGUUCUAUUGGCCGGGUUCCUUCUCAAAAUAAAAGUCGACAAAAACAUUGUAAUCUUUAUAGAACUUUGAGCAAAGAUACGAUAUUUUUUACAAAGCCACGCACUCCGUUUUAUCACUGUCGACAUUGUAUGGACAAAAAGCACUUAGACUCACUGCAAAGUAUCGAAGAUUGUAGCCUUUGUCUACUUUACGAUUGAGACGUCAAGGAGAACAAAUAAGCAGAAAACCAAACUAUCCCGUGUAUCUCGAUCCUCAGCUGUUUUGUGAAGCAGGCUUCGCGAGUGAAACAAACAAAAUAAUGUAAUUAUUGAAAAAAAAUGAAGUGUAGAAUUUCAAGAAAUUCCUCAAUGGGCGUUCGCCAAAGCUGUUAAGUGUCUUAACUGUUCGGGCCAACAGCUGGACAAUGCUACUGAAUGAUUUCUAAUUGUCUUCGACAUUUUUAUACAACAUUAGACAGCAAAUUUAUAUCGACUUUUUAGAUUUCCUAGCUAAAAUGUGAAUAUUUUUUACACGAACAAAACAUAUAUUUCUUAUCGUUCAUGUUACCACAUUAGUUGACACUGAUUAGUUAGAAUUUAUUGAUUUAUCGGAUAUGGACGUAAUGAUAUGCAGUUAUUUGAUUAAAUUGCGCUGAUUCAGCGGAUUCCUACAAUAUGAAUAACAUGCAAUGCAGGCAUUGCGAAUCGAGAUGAUAACAAUUAAAAUAUAGAAACUAAUUAAGCUGUGGAAAUAGAAGCGAUUCCGUUUCCAAAGAUCUCCUCUGUAAAUAAAUAAUGUUGGUUUGUCCAGCUGUUGUCAUCUACUGUUCAACUGUACAUGUCCUAUGCUAAAGAUAUACAUAAAACAUACAUUACAAAACUUAAACUGAUGAAGAGAAGUAGGGAAAAAAUAAAGCGAAAGACAACAUAUAUAUUAAUAUAAGGAAAAAAAAUUCGUGCACCGCGAUAUAUUAAAUAUGCAUAAACAUAUCGUGCAUAGACCGAACUUUCGAACCACGUAGUGGGCUAAGACGAGUGUUGAGAGCUCACCAAUGACAAAGUUUUUAUGAAAAAUUUGAUGAAAAUUACGUAUCUAUGUAAUUGUUGAACAAGCCUUUUUGUCAAAAUUUUCAUUGUUUCUCUUUUGAUAUUGAUCAAACAAAAUUAAUCGAAAUGUUCAACAACAGGAACUGAUAUGUCUCGCGAAUAAUACGCACAUUCAUCAUAUUAACUAACAUUUUAAACAUACAAAUCACGCAAAACAGUACAUAUAAGUUAAAAAAUUAACAUUUAUACGCGUGAAUUAUGCAUAUUUAUUUAUUGACGAUAAUUUAUUUAUUGACGCAUUCGUCACUUAAAACAAAUAAAACCAUUUUUCCUGGGCUUUACUUUUCUGAGAUUAAUGUAUUACUAACUUGUCAUUACGCCAAGUCAUAUCAAUAAGUAUUUUAAACAUUUUAUUAGAAAAAAACUUACAAAUUGACAAACCGUUGUACAUACUACUGAAAAAUCGCAUAACCGAUUACGUAAUAGUUGUUAAAAUCUUCACUGUGAACUCUCAACAUAUAAACAGCUGCGUCGUCUCUCAAAUCAUCGUUGUUAAUGUUGUUACAUCGUUGUUGUUGCAAAUCCACAACAUCAUGCGAGGACUAGCGACAUUAAUUGUUUGAAAUAAAAGAAAUGAUCGCAUGAUUUAGCAAAAUGAGAACGCUGGAUCGCAUCUGCGUGUGCGUUAUGUCGUAUGCAAUUUUGAGAAUUAUUCUUGUACGUGUUUCAACAAGAGAAAAUCGUGUGAGUUUACAAGUGUAUAUGAUUAAUUACGUAAGAAUCCAAUUUAUCUUGCAAAGUCGUUGUAAAUGAACUAUCGUAUCUUUUACUUCGAAAAAUAAACAUUUCAUGCCUUCAUACUCUUACUGACAACUGAAAUACUGCUUUUGUAAAUAAACGAUUGAUAAAUUUAAUCAAUAAUACAUGUUUUCCACAGAAUUCCAAGCAUGCUGGUCAAAAAUUGCGUUAACCGUCUUCACGCAUUUUAUACAAAUACAUGUUCAUCUUGUAAUAUGAAAUUUCCAUACGUACUUUUAAUUAAAUUCUUCCCUUACGUUAUCGUCAUGAUAUAAAUAUAUUUGUCAUAAGCGUUUAUUAUUGAUACUCAUUUUCAAUAUUGUUAAAUUGAGCUAAGGUAUGAAAAAAAAAAUUCCUUGUACUUCUAUCACGGCAUGCACGAGAUCGAGAUCUCGGCACUCGUCGUGCUAACGCUACUCUUGCGUGGUUAUUAACGGAAAAAAAAACAAAUGAACUCAAACAUGCUGCGAAUGAACAAAUAAAUGACAAAUGAUUUUAUUGUAUAUGAAGCUACUGUGAUGUUACUGUUGAAUAUGAAAAAAUAUAUA